AUGGAUGUCAAGAAUUUUAAUAUAAAGUCCCUUUUCCAAUGUACUUGCUAUGCAGCCCUUGAGUCCAAAAAUCUUGAAGCCUUGAAUCUUUUUCCUGAGGAUUUAAUAGAAAAAUCGCCAACCAGACAAUGAAAUAUAUUGCAUUAUGCUUGCCAGCUUAGGGAACUACAAUGAAUCCAUUAUAUACUGCAAAGGUCUAAAAAGUCCCAUAUUCUUCUAACUGGACUCGAUAGCAGUUUAAACAGACCUUGUGAUCUUCUUCCUAUAAAUGAAUCUCCAAAUCUAGGCCAGCUUUACAGCUGAGGAGCUGGCCCAGACUAUCAAUUGGGAUAUGCUAAAGAAAAGCAAAUAAACCCCAAAAAACUUGAGUUUAGCCCAUCACAUCUUCCUCCUAUGUAAGUCCCAAGCAGAAAUAUUGUUGAUAUUGAAGCACAAAAAUAUCAUUCAAUUUGUCUUACUGACGCAGGGAAUGUCUGGACUUUUGGAUCAGGGAGAAAAGGAAUUUUAGGGUUAGGCAAUGAGCAAACUUAUGUUAAUCCUACUCUUGUCCCGGUUACAUCAAUUAUACAAAUCGCAAUAGGAGUUAGCCAUACUUUAUGUGUAAAGUUAAUGUAGCUAAACAAUGAAGGUGAUAUUUUUGUGUGGGGCGAUAAUAAAUUUGGCCAAUUGGGGAUUCCAGGGGUAGAGUAUAUCGUCAGCCCAACAAUAUUAACUGCAUUGAAAAAAUUUUUUAUUGUGAAAAUAAAAUCUGGGAAAAAUCAUUGUGGGGCUAUGAAUAAGAAUGGAGACCUUUAUUUAUGAGGAGACGACUCAGCAUAUCAAUUAUUCCUUAAAAAGAAUGGAGAAAAUAUAAUUCAAGUUAAUCCAUUGAAUUUAAUACAAUCGAGAGAUGAUACUAUUGUGGAUUUUGAGCUUGGAGAAGAUGUUUCAUGCAUUCAAAUGAGCUCAGAAUGCAUAGCAAGAUCUAAUGAAUCAGGAAAAAUCCUAUACUUAUUUACAAAGAAUAGCCCACUAAUGAGCAUUUUUUGGUUUUGCCGGACAAUAUCUGGCUUGCCAAAUUCGUUGGCAUGCCAUAUUUUCUGGCUAACCAAAUUUAAGAAUGGCAAACCAAAAAUUCUCCUUAGUGGGCUAUUCUUGGCAACAGGUAUACAACUGCAUCUCCCAGGUGGGGCAUCUGGAACUGUAAAAUCAUUAGCUAUCUCGCAGCAUGCAGUCUAUGUCCUGACCAGCUUUUAUAUAUUGCAUUGGCUACAAAACUCAGAAAUUAAUAGCAGAACACAUUACAAGUUAAAGGAAUUUGCAUAUGAAAUUAAAUCUAUUUUUAGUGGGAAAAUCGCAACUGCUGUUGAUAUAAAGCGAAAUCUCUGUUUAUUGUUGCCAAGCGGAGUUGAGAAAUGUCCUUUGCUAAGAGGAUGUGUCAAGGCUUCGUUUCAGCAAAAUCACUAUUUUGCAAUCAUAGGAACUACUAUCCCAGAAAAAAAACCAAAUCCCCACACAAGUAUGCCAAGCUUAUUUGAUAUAGCUGAAGAAAAAAUAAUUGAAAUUUUGGUAUUAAUGAUUUAGAAUAUUAGUACAGCUCCAGAGCUCUUAUUAUACUCAGAUAUUUUUAGCUGUAGCAAUCUCAAGCUAAUAAGUGAAAAAUUCAUCGCCACAAAUCUUGUAAAUUUUAUAUAGAGUCUUUAUUUAACUCCUGCUAAUAUUGAUUAUUUUUUGGCAAUCAAGCCUCAUCUUCUUGAAGUUAAAGUUAGCUAAAAAAUUUUAUAAGGCCAUAAAGCGGGACUCCCUCUUGCCAGACAACUUGAGUCCAGGAAAAUGGCCUAUGUUGGGUGCAUGUGCAAAUGGUGUUAGGCACAACUAAAAUUUCACCCUCUUUAAAUUUUCCUAGGUUAGAGUCACCCUCUGUCGGGUAAAUUGAUCGUCCCUAAUAGACGAAGGCUAUGCAAAAGGUAAAAACCUGUCUAGCCCAUCUUGCAGGGACAGCAAAACCUUCAGGAGAAAACAAGGGAGUGCUCCUUGGAAGCCAAUUUCCGUCAACGUCAUAAUUUUAUUUCUCAAUCUUCUUGAAGGAAUCCAACAAUUUAUUACAAAAGGUGAUUUUAUUUCUAUCCAGCUCCUUGAUACAGCUAAAAGCACUAAAAAAAAGAAAAAGCCUAACUCCCCCCAUCCUUAAUCGAACGACUCGCCAUCAUUCGAUCAAGGAUGGGAAUUAAAAAAAAUUUUUUUGGGAAAAAGAUUUUAUAUAUAAAAAUAAGAAAUAUAUUUUUUUUAAUAUAAAGAGGGUUAAGAGUAUUUAAUAAUUAUUUUUACAGCAAAAAAUUAAUUAAUUUAUUUUGAUUUCUUUGCUACCCCUUUAAGCUUUAAUUUGUUCCUUAUUUAAUUAAAAAUUUUAAAUUUUAAAAAAAUCUCUAUUUUUUAGAUUAUUGAGUUUUUGAGCCCAGUUUGAUGACUAAAGCACUUUUUAUAGUUGAUUCCGUAGCUUCCUGUCGUCUUAAAGCCUCUGAAAACUACUUCAUUAGGCACAUCUUCCCCAAGCUUUUGAUAAUUAAUAUAUUUUUAUAGAUCUAAAAAUUUGCAUGAUAUGAAAAUCAUUCGAUCAAGGAUAGGGUUAAUAUUCCCAAUUUUUAGGAAUUUUUACAGUCAAUCGUUCAUAAAGGAUGGGGGGAGUAAGUCUAAAAUUAGAGCAUUUUCCGGCAAUGAUGAAAUCCAACAAAAAAUCCCUUUCCCACAAAUCCAGCCUCAAGAGAAAAGAAAAAGGGCAGACACCGAUACUUUUUUUAAAGCCAAGCCAUUAGACUAUAUCCCGCCUCCUAAAUCCAAGAUGCAGCCAUGGGGAAGUAUCGACUGCCAUAAGCCUAAUCUCGAAAUCGUUCAACAUGAAGAAAAAGUCAGCCCAUUUAAAUUGAAUAAAUGGGGAAACACACAAAAAAACCAAGCAGACUUUAACAUCAUCCAAACUGAAGAAAAAGAGGACCAAGAGCUGGAAGAAGUCCUCAUAAUGAUCGCUAAAAUGGAGAGCAUGGAUGCUGUAAAGCGCUAA